UUUGUUUAAAUGGGAACACUUGACAUUGGUAUGGAAAUGUCCUUGCUGUCUGACCCUAAACCUACGCUUAUGAGCAGCCUAAGCUAUACGAACCACCUGUCGUUUGUGGCAUACGUAUGACACGUUGAUGAUCAUCUCGUACAGUAAACUACAUUCCGUCAACAGAGUUUAUAUUUAGAAAUAUUGCAAAAGUUACUCCUCGGCCAGAUAUUUUCAAGAACAUUAGCUCACUCUGCUGGCCUCAGCAUCGGUGAAGCUUCGGUGAGUUUAAAACAAGCGGACGCCCCCGCGGCUCGCCGCCCUGAAAAGGAGCAGAGGAAAGAAGCACCACCCAUUCUUGCGGUACCGUCCCGUUAUUCACGAGCUCAGUGCGAGGAGCGCCUUGGAAUAACGGUUUUCAGGAAUGAGGCGAAAGAGAUUGAAGGGAGAAUAUGUACCCGCGUCCGAGAGUACUUCUCUAAACAUGAACGCGGGGAUUUGGAGAACGUUUCUUAAACUGCGCUGCUGGAUUGCUGUAGGACUUUGUCUAACAGCCAUCCCAUCCUGUGGGGGAGUCCAGGUGUCGGUAAGAGAGGACAGGAAGUAUGCCUUGCUGUUCCAGACGGUGGUUCUGCCUUGCCAGUACUCCAGUAUCUCCACCCAGACCCCCGUGGUCCAGUGGUGGUACAAGUCCUACUGCCGUGACCGCACGCGCCAAGCCUUCGCUUACCCAGACACCCACGGGGCCCCCGGGGGUCAUGGGGGCCGCGGAGGCCUUGGGGGGGUGGAGCAGGGCUACGCGUCCCAUCUGGAGUGCCCUGACAGCAGCCGCACGGUCCGGAUCAUAGCCUCCAUCUCUGGAGCCUCCAUCACUCUGUCUGAGCACUACAAGGACAGGGAUAUCUCCAUCCUCAACAAGGCAGACCUGCGUAUUGGGGAAGUGCAGUGGGGUGACAGUGGGGUCUACCUGUGUAAAGUAGUGAUAGCAGAUGACCUGGAGGGACUCAACGAAGCCCCUGUAGAGCUGCUGGUGCUAGGUAACUUAGGUGAGCCGGGCGACCUGCUGCCUGAACUAGACCUGACCCUGAUGCCAGAGUGGGUGUUUGUGGGGGCGGUGUCUCUUGGCAGUGUGCUGCUCCUCCUGCUGGUGGGGCUGUGCUGGUGCCAGUGCUGCCCUCACUCCUGCUGCUGCUACGUCCGCUGCUGCUGCUGCCCCGACACCUGCUGCUGCCCUCGGCACUUGUACGAGGCUGGGAAGGGGAUCAAGAAUAGCAGCUCCAGCCCCCAGAUCGCCCUCUACCCCCCCUACUAUGUGUCUGGGGUUCCCACCAUGCUCCCCAUUGCCCCCCCUUCCCUGGUCGACCCCAAGUCCCUCACCCCCUCAGAGAACAGCCUGACCGGAGUACGGCCCGUGUUCCGUGUCCCGUCCAGCCAGGAUCAGAACUCUCUUAGGGUUCUGCAGUAUGUAGAGAAGCAACUGGCCCACUUCAACCCCGCCCGGAGCAACAGCCACACCUCCUGCAGCCUAUCAGAGCUCAGUUCCCUCCACGAGGCGGACACAGGAUUCCGUCAGACCUACCGGCAGGUGGCCAAGAAGGCCCUGCCCGCCAUCCCAGACCUCGCCCACGACCUUGAACAUGACCUUGAAGUUGAACGAGAGAGAGACAGAGAACAAGAGAGGGAACGAGAGAGAGACCGUGAACGAGAGAGAGACCGUGAACGAGAGAGUGCGAACGAGAGAGAGAACGGGAGCACGAGAGAGAAAGAGAGCGAGAAAGAGAUCUUCCUGAACCCCCCCCGCCACCCCCCUUCCCUGACGACCAGGUCAGCGCGCAGCCAACAUCAACACAACCACAGUACAGAGGAGCACCGUAACAGGUGGAACCCUCGUUCAGAGCACCUGCAGAGGAAGGAGUUCCGUCUGAGAGGACGCACCGGUUCAUUGGACGAGCUGGAGGAGUUUGCUACCUCCUAUAGGCAGAAAGGCCCCAAGGGGGAAGAGCGGGAUUACGGCAUGGAGAUGAGCGAGAGAAACCAUCACCGGCCUGACGACGGCAAGCGUUACCGUGACGACGAUGCACGCUACCCGCGGCAACGAGGACAGCGAAUGGGGAGGCAACGUUCCCCUCCACCCUCCCCGAAGAAGAGGAGGGACACCUGUGAUGCCGAUCACCCCACCCCCCCUCGCCACAGCCCAACCAGGGAGAAGGACUACGACGACACGUUCCUGACUAGCCUAUUGGAGCGCAAGGCCAAACUGAAGGGCGUGGCCAAGGGCGGGGAGGAUUCAGACACGCCCUCUAAGGGCAGCUCUAAAAAGAGCAGCCGGUCGCCUAGCACCCGGCCCGAGGAGGACGAUUCUCUGCCGCCAUAUAGUGAACGGGAAAUGGAGCGAAUGAGAGCCGCCGAGCCCUCCCCCCGACCAAUCCUACACUCGCGUUCAUCCCAUGGCCCCUCCCACACUCCUCUGGACCGAAGAGAGGAGAGAGACAAGUCUAAGAAACAGAGCACGCUCCUCAGCCGAGACUCUCUCAUAGUCUGAUUCCCUGACACAGGGGAGGAGGAAGUAGAAGGGCGGUCGUUCCUCCCUGGACCAGUGGGGUCAUGGCAUACGGUUGUUGGCAACCAAUGAAAGCAAGCGUCCACAAAUAGCAUAUUGGAUAUACCUAAGUGACCAAUCAAAUUGACUGUGUGCUACACUUGAGAGGCUGCUUGGAUCUCAGCCCUGGACCGUGGAUGAGGCUUUCAAGGUUGCUAAAAAUACAGGAGAGAAAGAGGAAAAGACAGAGUGGGGGAAGAAGGAGAACAUUCACUCCAUUGUUGUUUAUUACUGAUGCUGGUAUUGUAAAAGGGGAACGAUUGACAGUUCCUCCAUUCCAUUGUCUUCCCCGGCUCACAUUGAAACACCGGCAAACUCUCUCUUUUGUACACACUUUGUCAUAAACACCAAGACAAUUCUUACUAACGGCCAUGUUAACACACACACACUUUCUCCCUCUCACACACACUCUCCCUCUCACACAAACGCCGCCUCAGUCUCAGCUGACACAGGGCUUUCUCACUCUUUCUGACAUCACCGAUGAUGUCACCCCUGGCUCCUGUUCCCAGAGGCUGUCUGACGUUGAGACAAUGUUGGGUAGACGUCAGAACCAGGACCCCCACCCUGGCCCCGCCCCCCUGCUGAGCUCCACAUAGUGAACCCACUGUGUGGAGCAGGAUGAAACCACCACAGCAUCACUGCCAUGGCAACGUUGGGGCGAGCGAUGCUGUUGUUGAAGAUCCUGCCUCAGCCUCGAGCCCCUAUACAAUGUCUGUAUUUGAUACAAUGUAGAAAACAGUGUUGAUGUAGAAUCUGAUACUUAGCUGUAGCAUUGUAAAGGUUCACAAAUUUUUUUUUUUUUUUAAAGACAUUUUGGAGUUCUAUGUGUUGAAAUAUACUUUUAUGGAGUUAAAAUGGCAUUAGAUUUGUUUGUACUUUCAUGAACAGUAUAUGAUUGCUUCCUCUGUGUGUUGAGUGUAUGGUAUUGUAUUGUAUGAUCGUGUUCAGGAGUAAAUUAUUGUUUUGGUGUGAGUGUGCGUGCAUGUAUAUGAUUGUGCGAGUGUGUGGGCAUGUUUAUGACUAUUUAAACACCUGAUAAGAUAACUGUGUUUGCUCUUAAUGUGUUCAGCCUGUCCUUAUCAAAUGUUAAACACUAAAUCACCACCUUUAUCUCCUAACAACAUAAACACACACACACACACACGCUCAUAAAAAGUACACUCAGUUUACAUUGAGAUUUUCAAUGCCAUUGGCUGCAUACUAUAGUGUUAUCUUUGUCUUCGUAUUUUCAUUCACGUCGUCUGCUGUUGUGUCUGCUAACUAAGAACCUGUGCCUGCUGGUACUCAUGAUUGAAUCACAGUGUGUUUGUUUUGUGUUAUUUGUUUGUGUGUGUGUGUGUGUGUGCGCGCGCGCUGACUGCCCAGUUCUCUGUCAGUGAGACAAUAUAUCAUUGAGGAUGAGUCAUAGCCAGCAGAGUCUUUGUCCAUUGUGGUUACAUACUGGAUCUCUCUCCGAUAGAACAAUUAUCACACGUAUACGUAGGUCAACACACAUAGUAUGAAAACAGAACCGCAUAGGCAGAAACACACAGACAAGGGGAACCACACACACUGACACACACACACACAUCAUGGUACACACAUGACACCCGGGCUGCUCGAUUUUGUUGUCACAAAGUGAGCAGUGUUGUGGCUAAGCUGUAGCAGAACCGCACUGUCCUCACAGUCACAACAACGAUCUGUCUGGAGCUAACUGUUCAAAGGGGAGACUGGUGGAAAUUGACUUAAUCUAACUUGCUGAAAUGACAUUAGUGGUGGUUGGGAAGUGGGUAUACUGUGUGUUCACAGAUGAGAAGUGUUUACUGUGUUUACCUCCAGCUGUGUUCAACCAUAUAAAGAACACACUUCCUUCACUGGCUCUGGCUCUUUU